AAUGGAAACGUGGGUACAAGAGACAUAAAAGUUAUAUUUUUCUGGCUAUCCAUUUAUUGAGUAUGGUGUAGGGGGCUAUAUCAUUCUUAUUUCUUUGCUUCUUGCUUUAAAAUGCCUUUUUAAUUGCAAAACCAAACAUCCAGCUAAUUUCAAUGUAUCAUUAAAAAUCCAUCUAGGUUGUGAAAUUUAAAAUUCCUAAUAGUAAUACUAAUACCAGUGUAUCAUCUAAUUAAUAAGAACUCAUAAAUAACUAAACAAGAGUGAUUUAACAAUUAAAUGAAAAAUUAAUAACAAUGUAGUAAGGAUUUGAUAAAUUGUCUAAGGAACACAUUUAAUUGCGUACAAGUAUCUAAUAACCUUAAAUCAUAUAGCUCUAUCUGAUUUAUAAUCCUAAGUCUUUGAUAUUUUAACUAAAAAGAAAAAUUCUAACCCUCCAUAACUUUAAGCCAAAUCUGUUAAAUCUUAAAUCAUUUAACCAUCCUUAAAUUUUGAGAAAUAAGAAAUGCGAUCAAAAUAAUCAGUAUUAGAAGGGCAAGAAUAAUAGAGAACAUCAAAAGAAUAAUUAGAAGAAGAACAAUUAUUGUAAAAGUAGGUUGAAUAAUAAAAAGAAGCAGAAUAUGAGUAAUAAUACUUGUAAUAGUAAUAAUCAUAAUAAUAAUAGUAAUAAUAAUAAUAAUAGCAAUAAUAGUAAUAAUAAUAAUAGUAAUAAUAAGAGCAAUAAUAAUAAUAAUAAUAAUAAUAAUAAUAAUAAUAAUAAUAAUAAUAAUAAUAACUAUUAUUAUAACAAUAGUAGUAAUAAAAUGAAGAAAAUCUUUCUCAACGUUAAUUUAAAGAAUAAGAAGAUAAUCAAUAAAAUACAAUAAUUGCUUAGCCUUAAGAACUAGUGAAUUAAUCAUAAACUAAUCCCUUUGCCACAGAAUAACCUCCUGUCGUAAGAAAACCUUAAAACCCACCUACUCCUAGAAGAAUACCUCCUCAAUUGAGACCAAAGUGAU